AUGUCUUUUCCAUCACGCACAGUCUGGCGCCUUGCGUCUUCCGUGGCCGCGGGUGCUGCCAUUGUUACAACGUCCAUCUACGUCAGCCGUACCACGCGGCGAAUAGCUGCGGGCUCAAAGUUGGGCAUCACGGAUGAAAACACUGCACCUUUGUCUUUUAUCGAUUCUCCGACAAUCUCCAAUCAUGUCAACCCGCAGAGGAAAGAAAGUCGGGCAGUGGACACGCACACUGUGACGCUCCACGUGCCGCUCAACAAGGGCAUCUCGGACGAAACCAUCUUGGCGCAAGCGACUAAACACUUUUUCAAUGGCUGGGUUUUUUAUCUCGAAGCCAAAGCUUUAACCUUGCUGAAAUUACAAGAUGCGAAAUACUCGAAUCUCGCUUCCACUACAGUGCCUGCGCAUAUAUGGAACGCUGCCAAACUGUCAGAAGCCUCGCUGCCAGAGCUGCACACGGUCUUGUUUGGUGUUUUCCGCCUUGCAGACAUUCAUCUUGCGGAUGAUGCGACUGGGGAUUCGAGUAGCACGACGCAAAGUCAUGCCGAUUUUUUAUUCGGGUCAGACAUGAGCCAGUUUGCGGGUUGCCAUCGACUGAGCGUGCAACGACUGGAAGUUGAUGCCGUUGGUGGGACGCAAAAGAUUAUAUGCCUCGGCACUGUUUCGGGAAACGGCUGGUCAAAUAUAUCAUUGGCUGCAGACCCCGACGAUACAGCCCACGAUAUGAUGAAGAAAACGAUCAAGGUGGCACGGAUCCUGAUGGACAAGGAUGAUGCUUUAUCACAAAUUGUAUUACUAAUCAAAUAA